GCUUAGCGGUCCUGACAGGCCGGCGUUCUUUCCGGGGGGUUAUGGGAGGGCUUUGGUGUUCGCGAUGGAGGUUCGUCGCCUGGUGUGGCCGGUGCUGGAGCCAGCCCGGGUGGUCGGGCCGGACGGUGGAGAGUGCGGGGCAGGUUCUUAGGUCCGGCUGGGAUGGAGGUGCGGAGCGGGGACUGAGGCGGCUCGGGACAUGGAAGCGCCUGAGCGGGGCCCGGGGAGCCGCGGUGCAGCCGCCCCGGCGGCCGAGGAGCGGCCACCCUUUCCAGCGCGCGCAGGAGGACGAGUGGCGGCGGCGGAACAAGACGGUGCUCACCUACGUGGCCGCGGCCGCCGUGGGCAUGCUGGGGGCCUCCUACGCCGCCGUGCCCCUCUAUCGGCUCUACUGCCAGACUACGGGACUUGGAGGAUCAGCAGUGGCUGGGCACUCAUCAGACCAGAUUGAAAACAUGGUGCCUGUUAAGGAUCGAAUCAUUAAGGUCACCUUCAAUGCCGAUGUGCAUGCCAGUCUCCAGUGGAACUUCAGACCUCAGCAAACUGAGAUAUAUGUGGUACCAGGAGAGACUGCACUGGCAUUUUAUAAAGCUAAGAAUCCUACUGACAAACCAGUAAUUGGAAUUUCUACAUAUAAUGUUGUACCAUUUGAAGCUGGACAGUAUUUCAAUAAAAUACAGUGCUUCUGUUUUGAAGAACAAAGGCUUAAUCCACAAGAAGAAGUGGAUAUGCCAGUGUUUUUCUACAUUGAUCCUGAAUUUGCAGAAGAUCCAAGAAUGGUGAAUGUCGAUCUCAUCACUCUUUCUUACACUUUUUUUGAAGCAAAGGAAGGGCACAAGUUGCCAGUUCCAGGCUAUAAUUGAAGUAGCUUCCAAGACCUGCUUCACAUUUGUGAUUUUUGGAAAAUCAUGUAUUGUGCUUUCUCAGAAGAGAAAUAUUCUACAGUAAUGUAUAUUGAAACCUUGUAUUUUAAA